CUGUCUGUGCGAUUUUCUUACAGCAGCUGAGGAUAUGAUCAAUGGUUUCGUCGGUUUCCUUGCAGAAUCUGCAUUUUGGGUCAUUAUUAUUAUUAUUAUUACUAUUAUUAUUAUUACAUCUGUCAUGUUGAAAAUAUCUUUUCUGGCUAAGGCCUGUCCCAGAAGAGGAAAAUCGGUGACCUAUCUCUUGGAGGCCCAGCCUCCCUCCCAGAGCCAGAAAUCCGUAACAAACGGCCUGCUUUUCAGACCCAUCCAUGUGCCUCUCUCUGCGCUUGGCCAGUCGAUGCACAGUUCACCGCUGCGUGACCCCAGGGCUCCCUCUGGAAACAAUCGCCUUACGCCUUAGCGGAUGGGCGCGACUCGCUGGUAUUUAAACCCAGCAUGAGAUGCCUUGCCAGCCAUGUGGGAUUAUGGCCAAGCCCCCCAACGGUGCCCCUGCUGCUGCUAUUUGGAGCAUGACGGGACAGCCAAGGCUGGUGCAGGCCGUGCCGUGUUGCGGGCGAUGGAGGGGACGGCCCAGACCAGGCCUGGCUUAGCAGGUGGUGCCUCUGCCGAAACCCAAGAACCCGAGUCUUGUGUUACACCUGCUGUUGUUAUCGGCUGCACUUGGGUGGACUUUAGACUCCGAUCUCAGAGGAAGAGCGACCGGGAAGCAGGCUGCGGAGGGGAGGAUAAAGCCCAGCAAAUGGCCAAGUUUCUCUCUCAGGACCAAAUCCACGAGUUCAAGGAAUGCUUUUCCCUGUACGAUAAGAAGCACAAAGGGAAGAUCAAGGCUGGAGACCUCAUGACGGUGAUGCGGUGCCUGGGGGCCAGCCCCACCCCGGGUGAAGUGGCCAGGCACCUCCAGCAGCACAAGAUCGAUAGCCGCGGAGAACUGGACUUUUCAACUUUCCUGAGCAUAAUGUACAAGCAAAUGCAGCAGGAAGACCCCAAGGAGGAGAUCCUGUUGGCCUUGCUGAUGACCGACAAGCAGAAGACCGGCUUCAUCACCGUGGCCGAGCUGAGGGCCAAGCUCAUGAACCUGGGAGAAAAGCUCUCCUGGGAAGAAGUGGACAACCUCUUGAAGGACACCAAGGUGGGACACAACGGGAUCGUGAAGUACGAAGACUUGGUCCGUUCCAUCACGCUUCCGGUGGUCGACUACUGAGCCAGGACGGGGACUGGACACGAGCUGGGUUGGAGGCCUGCAGCCUGUCUCUCUGGCGCCUCUGCUGCUGGUUUGCCUUACAAAAUAAAGCCUUUUAGAUAGAGAUGAA